AUGGCCGACCAACAUCAACAUCGACAGCCCCACCCCUCGUCCGACUCCCGCGUCCAGAGCGCCGUGCUCUCUACGGCACAGGUGCCACGUCUCCAAGCGAAACUGGGCCGUCUGAUGCCCUAUUCCAUCCCACUGUUCCGCAGGAUCCAGCACCAUGCGACUCAUCCUGUCCCGGACACGGCGAGCAUUUUCGUGGCGGUCGCGACAGACAGCGCCGACCACGACACGCCCCAGCAAGACGAUGUCGCCAUCGACCAGUGGCUGCAGGACUCGGACUCGUCGACAACAACCCGUAUGGGUAACUCUACUGGACAAUCUCGCCUUAGGAGAAGAACCGACACUGAUACUGAUACUGAUUCUCGACAUCGCCCCUGGAUCGCGGCGCACAUCGACCUAGCUCACUAUGGAUCAACGCAAGUCUGGGUCUUUGCGAGCUGGGAAUGUCCACCACCGUCGUUAUCAACAUCAACAACAUCUCCGCUCUCCUCCUCUUCUUCCUCGAAUGCUCUGGCCACAACACCAGACCACGAGAGGGAGAGGAAUACCCAAAGUCAAAGGGAAACUGCAGAUAGGAUUGUCGAAGAUGACAACGAAGGCUCCGACGACGACGACCCGCGCCACGGAGCUCUAAUGAUCGCCCUGUAUCGCUAUAUCUACCACGACCUCGUGCCCCGCAUGUCGACAGAGCCCGGGGAGGACUGGCUCGAACUCAAACGCACCGGAAAGUCCUUGACGAUCCCAUACUCGCGAAACAAGAUCCUCUUUGGCACGAUCAAUACGAAACUACUGCGUUGGGUUCCAGGACAGGCCAGGACGCGGAUCGAUGCGGGGUAUUUGAAAUACAUUUUCGCCAUUGAUCCUGACCUUGAAGAUAGUGAUCAUCAUGGCAAAGACAGCUCCCGGGAAGACGAGAGAAACGGCGCACCGGUGGACGACAGCAGCAACAGCAGCAAUAGCUCCGACAAAUAUCGUGCUUUACCGCCCGGAUACACGUUCGGACCAAUGCAAUCGGCGCAUCUGCAGGCUGUGCUGGAUCGCUCGGUGGUUCCGCGCACGCUGGCUACCUUGCAGCAGUUUCCUUCGUUGGGCGUCUUUCCGUUACCGCAGUGGGAAGACAACCAGAACAAGGAACACGACGCCACCGCCGCCACCGCCGCCGCGACUGAAGGACCAGAACUGGAACCGAACCCAAAACUUGAACCCAAGUCCGGAGACCAGAUGAGAGGAUCCGGGACUGGGAAGCCAGUGGCCUGGGGGUUUCUCGGCACAGACGCCAGCUUGUCCGGGCUACACACCGAGCCGGAACAUCGUGGGAAAGGCCUCGCUGGAUGUGUGGGCAGAGAGCUGUUGCGACGCAGUGCCUGGAGGGGUGGUGUUGAAGGUCAUGUUGAUGUUGAUCCAGAUCCUCGCUCCAUCUUCAACUGGGGACAUGCCGACGUGUCGAUCCAAAACAAAGCCAGUCGGCGUGUCAUGGAAAAACUCGGCGGCGUGGCCCGGUGGAAGGUAGCGUGGGUCGAGGUCGAUCUAGCCGUCGCGUUGGAUGUGCUGCUUUCGGUUCGCUCUGGCUGA